UGUACCAGCAUCUGAUCAUUUGUGUAACCGUUAAUAGACCAUCCAAUCGAGUAUAGGUAUUAGUCAAUUCUAUUUUUGCCAUCCGUUUCGUUUGUGAAACAAUUUGCACAAGUUCAUUGAUAAACUGCGAUACCCCAACAACAGCUUCACGGUUCGUUAGUCAACGUUUAAGUCGACGAAAAACGAACAGCGUCAUAAAAAGCAUACGAAAGCGAAGCACACCUUAAGAAACUGAAAUUGAAACAAACUUAUUGUAUAAAAUUGGUGCAUUCGGACGUUCAAUGGUAUCACUUGAUCGUGAUCACCAGCUGAAAGCGCAUCUCUUGGAUGGUCACAAUGAAGGUGCUGAGCGCGAUCGUUGUCAUCGCUUUUGUCGUUUGCGGCGUAUCGUCGCAGAGUUUCAGUCAACAGGAUCAACGAUACAUUGAAUCGUACCGGUACCUCAACCGGCAUGAAAAUCAACGAGAACUCCAUCGUCCGGAAAGCAGACAACAGUAUUAUUACAUUCAGCAAUCUCAGCAGAACGUAAACGACAAUGUACAACACAGGCAUCAAUCGCAAAACAAUCAAGAAUCCCUAAGAAAUUAUAACGAUUAUAAUCCUGUCAGUCGUUAUAACAAUCAACAAAAUAUGCGGGCACCCGAGUACCAACAGGAUCCCAACAGGAAAGUUAUCUAUCAGGCUGUCCCCUACCCGGUUCCAGUACCUGACAAUCAAUAUCACCAUGCCCAAAAACAAGCAGAUGAUCCAGCAUUCGAAAUUCAACAAGCAAUCCCGAUCUACAUGGCACGGCAAAUCUACCAGCUAAGCCAGGGUGGCGCCUGGAAGCUAAUUUCCGAGGAGGAGAUCCGAAACCCAGGUCCCGAUGCGAACUUCAACCAGCGACUGCUGCCGCCUUUGUUCGUGCAAUAUCCGGCCGUGACUGUGAACCACCACCGACAUUAGUGCGCUAUCUUUAGGGUCCUUUGUCAAAUAAAUGGCUCGUUAUAAGCCGGAAAAUUGAAUUACUCCGGAAACUGUUUACUGCUGGACGCGCUUACUUUAUGCAAACACAAAUAACUGCUCCUUGGGCGCCACUUGGAGGCAGCAGCCGCUAGUACUCUCUCCACUCCAUACACACGCCAAGGAACGCAAAUCGCAUUCCUUGCUUACAACAGUGCUCCUAGCUGGCUGCGGUGGUCUGGAGAACCAAGGGCCAGGAUUCAGCAACAUGCUUCUCGAUUUCAUGGAUGGCGUGGAGGGGCCAUCAUUUUUUCCUUAUGCUGUAUUCGCGGUCUUAUUCAUUGUGUACAUACCAACAAUUUAUAUUUAUGAGACCAAGUUCAGUGUGCAAAUAAAUUAUACACACCAUCAACACGCUGCUGGUCGGUCGAUCGGUGGUGCCUGCGUGUCGUCAUAUUCGUACACACUCCGGUGGCCCCAUUCUCUCCAUAUUGGGGAGAACGCUUCGGAACGCACAUAUGCGUCGUAGCCCACUGCGAAGAGUUUUCAUUUAUCGAUUUUUAUUUAGAUCUCUUCUUGUUUUUUGUGCAACACGUUCCAACUGAGACUUCAGGGUCGAAAGUAAAUGUUAAAAAAAAGUGGGAUGUUUGUCAAAACUCGAAACUCAAAAUCUGAUAGUUCUUGAAAGUUAUCAACAUUUGCUGCUUGGAAUUUUUCCAGAGGUUACUGUAAAUAUGGUUGCAAGCAGUUAGUCGACAAGGAGAGCGUCCAACAUAGCUCUGUUCCUCAGAAGUUCCUACCUCAUUCAUCCACGGGUUAAGCGAUGGCAAAGACCGCCAGUUAAGAGUUGUGUGCUUAGCUGGUAGUGCAACCUGAGCACUGUUGUCCUGAGCGUCUGUUCUCCAAGGAGGUGCGGCUCAAACAGCGCACAGUGGUCCACGAAUCAGAUUUACGAGGAAAGAUGCAUUCAACGCCUUCAAAUGAGUUUUAAGACAAAUAUGGUCUUCUACAAAGUUGUCCCUAAUAAUAAAGCCCUCUUUCCUAUGUGCAUGAAAAUUAGGGUGGUCCAUAUUUUCAAAGAAAUUGGAAACCAAACUUUUUUAUUUGCAAGAAUAACUGUAUACAUUCUUCGGGAAAAUAGUAGAUUUAUCAAUUUUGAGCAAGUAUGCUGAGGACAUUUUUUAUGUAGCUUUAAAAUUGACCGAUCUAGAGAUAUUUUCCUGAAUAAGCUUAGGGUGGUUCAAGGAAAACCGGUUUUCUGGUGUUAGCUUUUUCAGUUCCGAUUUUUCAUCAAAGUCGCCCAAGAAACACUUGUAGAGAAUUUGAAGACGCGUCGUUUCGCGCUGAGAUGGUCGUUAUCUCUUUUGGUUCAAUAGCUACAGGUAUUUUUCUUUAAAAAAUCAUAGUUUUUUGUAAAGCUGUUAUGUUGGGGCAAACAUAAAAAAUAUCUUUUUCCCGCAUUUUUUUUAUAUUUUUUACUUGAGUUACACAAAUAACACCUCUCCAACGGAUAUUUUUUUAUGUUUGCCCCAAUCGGUCAUAACAUCUUUUCAAAAAAAUAAGAUUUUAUAGGGAAAACACCUGUAACUAUUGAACCAAAUGAGAUAAAGACCAUUGUCACAAAAAUAAAAGAAAUUAAUUAUUAUAAAGGAUUAACAUAUCACAACACAUAGAACCUUACAAAUGUACAAAUAAGAGACAUCACAAAUAGACACAGCAUAAUACAAAACAUAAAUGUGCCCUGCUAUCGAGAUGGAAAUUGGGUCCAUCAGUCAUCCUGGAAUUGUAUUUUAGUUGGCAUUUUGCCUUUUAGUUCACAGCAUUUGUUGCUGUGUUCAUAGCUUGGUUUUGUCUAGGAAAACUAAUCCUAAUCGUCCAUCCCGAAUCGGGUUUUAAUGCAAGACGGCUGCAUUUUGAUGUCCGUGCUAGGAACCGUUUGCCUGUCUUGCAGUCAUUUAUCGCAAGAAAUAUCCUGGAAGUAUGCAACCGCUUUGGUUGCUAGGGCUAUUUCCUCCUGAGUAAUGAAAGAACCCUUUAAAUGCACAUCAAAAUUGUGAGAAUAUUCACAAGUUAAAAUCGAACAUGCAACAGAAAAAUAAAACUGGUAAACCAUCUCAGCGCACGAAACGACGCGUCUUCAAAUGCUCUACAAGUGUUUCUUGUGCGGCUUUGAUGAGAAAUCGGAACUAAAAAGUUAACACCAGAAAACCUGUUUUUCUUGAACAACCCUAAGCUAACUCAAAAAAUACCUCUAGAUCGGUCAAUUUUAAAGCGACAUAAAAAGUGUCGUCAGCAAACUUGCUCAAAAUUGAUGGAUCUAAACUUUCCCGAAGAAUGUAUACAGUUAUUCUUGCAAAUAAAAAGGUUUGGUUCCCAAUUUCUUUGAAAAUAUGGACCACCCAGAUUUCCAUGUAUAUUGAAAAGAGGGCCUUAUUCGUAGAAACAACUUUGAAGAAGACCAUAUUAAUCUAAAAAAAUCAUUUGAAGGUGCUGAAUGCAUCUUUCUUCGUAAAUCUGUUUCGUGGACCAUUGUGCAGCGUCUGUUCUGGCAUCCAGCGGCUGAGUAUCAAAUCGCCCCCUUAAUGCUAGAACAAGGUAACUCGUUUUGAAAAAUGCGGAUAAAAAUGGCUGGUAAAACAUAUCCUGGUAUAAAACAUACUCUUUGUUGGUCUUAAAAGUUGAAUUAAUAUGUGUUUUCGAGUUUUCAAUUGACAAACUUGUGUUUAUUGUGGUGUGAUUUUCGUUCGAAAGUGGAUUCGAUCGAAAACAAGAAUGAGGAUGUAUAUAAUUAAUGCUUGGAGGGAUCCCCAGAAUGUUUUGUGAAAUUAACUUUAGAGCAAUGCCUUGGCAAAUAAUUCACUAAAUAAAUUUAUGUGCGUUGUGGAUAUUAUGAAGGAAUAUAUCUAAGAAUAUCUGGGAAAUUACUGGAGCGAUGCAUAAAUGAGUUCAAACAAGAAUCUUGAAAGAUUUUUCGAAUUAAUGCAGGAAGAAAAUUCUGUAGGGAAACUUUGCCGACAAAAGAUUUGUACUUAAUGAAGAUUCUCCUAUGAACUUUUCCAAAUGUUUCUUUGAUCUUUUUUUAGAUAUUCAGUUGUAUGUUAGAGAUUGCUCUGUAACCUUCUAAGCAGCUUAAGCAGCUUCAUUUUUAAGUAUUUUGGAACUUGAAAGCUCAAAAAAGGAAAUCGUAAAGCCUUCUAAGCUACUUUUGACGGAACUUUCUCAAAAUAAAUGUAACAACAAAGAUAUAUUUUUCAGAUUCACCACGAUCUUUUUUUUCAAAGGAAGUAUGAAAGAUGUCUGAAUUUGCUAUAUUGCUUUUUCACUCGAUACUUCUAUUUAAAUAACUUUGAACCGAAUCUGCCACGGGUUUCAUAGUGUUUCCAGCGGUUUUAGGAGGGUUCACGGGCUUCCAAGAGAGCUUCAGAAAUUUUAGGACGUUUUAGGGAGUUUUGCGGGAUAUCUGAGACUUUCAGGAGGUUUCUGUAAGCUCCAGACCGUUCAGACAGGCUUCGUUGACAUUUGAAUGGCAUUUAUAGAUCGUUUUAUUUUAUUAAUAUUUUUUUAAUUAACGUGUACUUUAACUUAAAGCUAAGUUUGGUAGGGUCGUCGGAGUCUUGCAUUCUGAGAGGUUUUAGAGGCAAUUUAUAGCAUUUCAGGGGUAUUUUCAUGCGUUUUCAGGGGGUUUCUGGAGCCUUUCAAAGAUGUUUCACAGCAGAAAAACCCACAUCAUAAAAAACCAGAUCAUUUCAAAUGUUUUUUUUAUAUAAAAAAAACUCAUCGAAUUUGUUAAGAAUAAUGCGCAAGAGUUAGUAAAAAAAUCAGGAUUAGUCCUAAAUUAGCCCAAUUGCUAAAUCAGGACAGAUGGUAACCCUACCCUGGAACCUUUUGAGCCCCAUUGGGACCCACUGAAACGUCCCUGAGAUCUCAUGAACCCCAUAAAACGCUUCUGAGACCUCCUAAAAUGCCCCACCCCUGAAAAUCAGUGAGGUGCCCCUGGUGCCUUCUGGUACCCCAAUAAGCCCUCUUAAAUGCCCCUGAGAUUUUAUGAAAUGCUCCUGAGACCCUGGAAACCCCUCCAGAAACCCGUUGAACCCCCUGAGACACAUUGAAACCCCCUGUGACGUCCAGGUGCCCCUAAGACUUCUUGAAACGCCCCAGAGAAUUCCUAAACCUUCUUAAACCCUCUGAGACCCCAUGAACCCCAUGAGACCCCUCUGAAACUUACCUUUGAGACCCCCUGGAAUGCUCCAUGGAUUUCCAAGUACCCCCUAAAACCCUCUGGAACCACCCCGUCCUCCCGAAACCUCUUGGGGCUCUCUUGAAGCGCCCGUGAGACAUCCUGAGACCUCCACGUACCCCUUGGAACUAACCUCGUUUCAUCCAAAUCUCUUGGGAUCUCCCUGAAGCACCCAUGAAACCCCUGAAAUGCUCCUGAGACCUCCAUGUAUCACCUGGAACCCCUGAGGCUCCCUUUAAUACCUCUUCAACGCUCUCUUUAACGAGACCUACCGAGACCCACUGAAAUCCCUUGGGAACCCCGUCGUGAAGCGUCAUCAGGAUGUCGGAUAGCAACCCAACUAAAAUGGUUCUCGACAGUCAUCCGACCGGUACGAGAAGACGUGGAGCGCAUCGAGCUAGGUGGGUCGACCAAGUGGAGGACGAUCUGCGGACCCUACGCAGAGUGCGAAACUGGAGACAAACAGCCAUGGACCGAGUGGAAUGGAGACGGCUACUAUGUACAGCAGAGGUCACCCCGGCCUUAGCCUGAUCGGUAAGUAAGACUCCUGAAGCGUCUUUGGGGCCUCCUAGUAGCCCCUGGAACCACCUGAAACGCCCUUGAAAUGGAGUACAAUGAAAUUCCAUUUUAGUAAUGCGUGUUCCCGCAUCAAAUUCGAUGAUCGAUUUUUUUUCAUUUGCCUAAAAUUAUGCAUAAAAGCAUUAUUCAUGACAAAAAAAUCGCAGUCCUUAAACCACCGACGAACCGACGUGACAGUGGUGUUUAAAAACUGUCCCCCCCAAAUUUAACGGUCGACCAGCAAAGCGAGCGAACGCUUCUGUCAAAUCAGCGCAGACGCGAACCGCUUCCUAUAUGAACACACGGGGGUUCGGGAUCAAGCUAUCAAAACAACGCACGGUCAGAAAAUUCACUCAUUUUCGAGCUAAAGUGGGACAACUCAAAAUUGAGUAAAUUUUUUCUCCAGCGAUAGCGCUGGCCCAAGUGCGAAAAUCUCAUCAGUUUAAGCCGUAUAAUAUACUUGAUGAUGCGAAGAAUAUUAUACGGCUUCAACCAGUUGGAUUUUUGCACUUGGGCCAGCGAUAUCGCUGGAAAUGCAAUUUACUCAUUUUUUGAGCUGUUCCAGUUUAGCUCAGUUUUGUGUGAAUCUUACUCAUUUUAGAGUAACAUUUUCUUAGCGUGCGCGAACCCUUAUACACUGAACCAAAACCCCAUCCCGAAAUCGUCUGAUUUGUCCGACCAUCCAGUCCAAAUUACCAAAAUCGUGUUUUCGAAUGACGAAUCAGUCAUACGGCAAUCAUCCUGAAAAGCGGAUGACGAUCAUCUUAUGCGCGUAUGAGUCGACGCACGCUAUGUGAAUGAAUAUUAGUUGCAGAGCGAAGACCACACAGAUGCACCAAAUUUAUUCAUCGAUAGCGUAACAAGUUCCUUGAUCGUGACACCCGGGACGUUGACGAUAAUGCGUCGCAUGUCCUAUCCUGGACAUGUCAUAUUUUUGGAAAAGGGUGCCCGCAAGGGUACCCUAGCCACUAAGCACAUAAUUUUUUAGAAGAAUAGCGGUGUCAUUAUUGUUAUCAAUCGCUAAAAAACAAAGUUGCUCGACCAUAUGGUCGACAUUCUAUUUUCAUAUCACUGUCAUCCGGUUUUAAGAUGACAUCAUUCGGUCGGUGGACCAUACGGUUUCCGACCGAAUGUCGUUAAGGGGCGUGAUCGUAUCGCCUCUCAGUCGAUCUUGGGCGGGGGUUUCCGUCGAGGUUUCCGUUCAGUGUAGGGGUGGCGGUAGUGUUCGGCUAUUUUUCAUCAUGGCGUCGGGGACAACAAAUUUGAAUUUAUUUGUUCUAGCUGACACGUCGGUUCGUCGGUGCUUAAACUACGUAGACUCAAUUUUGGUCAUCUUACACCCACCCUCCCCCAUCGUAGACUUUCGUCCAUACAAAAUUAUAGAAAUUUGUAUGGACCGUAGACUUUGGCCCAUAUUUUAGACACUCACUUCGUGGAGAGUCGUUUUCAUAGCUCUGUCACGACUUGGUGUGAAAACCUUACUUUGUACAGUAAACUUUUAGAUAUAGUGGACUUCGUGGCCGCGCGGCUAGCAGCGUCAGUUGUCUAGCCGUUUCGUAAGCCUCGGAGUGUGGGGUCGAUUCCUGCUCCAGUCGUUGGAAACUUUUCGUCAAACGUAAAAUUCUCCACUGAACCACAGGGUGCUUCAUGUGUUGUCCGUUGUCUCAUGUUAGUGAUCGUUCACUAACGGUGUAGCGUCUUUUUUAGAAAAAUCCUCCAUACACUGUUUCUGAUAGCUUUUGUGCUUCUGAACUGAGACAGCAUCAAGUGAGUGUAUUUUUUGCAAGUGAGUGUUCCCAUCAUGGUUCCCAUCCUUGGUGUUUCCUUUGUAAAUUCCUUCAGUAUUUCUUUUAUGACUUAACAGGAAAUUUUUUGCAAACCCUCAUAACAAUUCUUUCGACAACUUUUUUUUCAAAAUUUUCAUUUUUAUUAUUAUUCUUCAAAAAAAUAUUUUUAUUAUUAUUCUUCAAUCCCUACAGAAUUGCUUCGUCUGUUCCUUUUGUAAUUGCUUAUGAAACUGAAUCUGCAAAUUCUUGCAAAUACUUUUUUAUUACUCGUUCGGGAAACCGUUUGGAAAUUUCUUUGGUAAUUUCUUCGGAAGUUGCUUAAGACUAGCCUGGAUGCACUUCCUUAUUUUUUGAUCAUUGUUUUUUUUUUUCAAAUUACAUAACGGAGCAAUAUCUUCAAAAUCUGUUUCCAUACAUAGGAUAUUGGUUCCCUUAUUAAGCAUGUGGCUCUAAUUUUCAUCCUACUCAAAACAAAUGAAUGAAACGGUGCACCGCGGUGUUUGUUUUGUUGCUUAGUUUUGUAUUUUUUUAGAAGUCAGUACACACGAAAACAAAAAGACUGGAAUUAAUCGGUGCCGUUAUCAAAUAGGAUGAAUUUGGGAACAUGAGAUUGCUAAGGGCACCCAUACUCUAUUUAGAAAAAGGAUCAAGGCAUCUCAUGAUUUUUUUUCCCAAGUAGAAAAUGUAAAUCAGUUUUCCAGAAACCGUCUAUAUAUGGAAGUCAAUUCUGAAAAUAUUUCUCCGCUAUUUAAAAAAAAACAAAAAUGAAAAUGUCAGUUUCGCCUUUAGCAUUUUUUUGUGAAUUCCUUUGUUUGUUAUGCAAAUUUCUGAGAUGAUUACACUAGUUUACAGCAUUUUUGAACUAGGUAAGCUGAUAAUCAUUUUUGGUGUAGAAUCAUGCCCUGAGUUCGAAAACGUGAAGAAAAAAAAUUACAGUAGAGCGGAAAUUUUUUCGACUUUCCAUACAAAGUUGAUGAUUUGAAAUCGAUUUUUGUUCUAUUUUUAAGCAACGUCGCUCACUUUACACAUCUUCUCCGUAAUGAAUGCUCCGAUUGAGCUGAAUUUUUUACUGUAACUCGCCUACAUAUGAUAGUUCAAAUAAACGUUGAGAAAGAAUUUUUAGAAUGUUUUUUUUUUAUUGAAAAAAUACAUUUCUUCAUAUAUUUUUGGAAAUUUGGCUAAAAUUUAAGGAGAUCGUCCCUAACACUCGCCAAUAUCUUGAAUUACAUCAAUCUGACGCAAAACCUGCAUUCAGAUGAUCGAAUGGUAUUGUAUUCAGCAUUUAAUUUAUGGAAAAAGAUGUGAAAUUGGUUGAACAAAACGCAAGAUAUUUGAAUUUUAGUAAAUUUUAUAUUUUAAAAAGUUGUAAAACUCGAUAUUGAGCUACUACUCAAAAAUUGUUCUACUUAAAAAAUUUUGAAGCACGGUUUCGAAAUCAGUGAUAAAUUGUACUUCAAAAAUUUUGGUCGUUGACAGAAGUUCACUAUUUUCGUUUUAUUUUGUAAACAAGUGUUAUCUGUAAGUUUCUUUGGAAUUUCUAAGGAAGUUUCAAUCGGCUAUUUGUUUGCAAAUUCAUUCGGUUAUUUCUCUGGCAAUUUAUGCAUUUCAGCGAUUUCUUCAGCCAUUCUUUCAGUCAUUUCCUGACCCCCCCUCCCCCCAAAAAGUCUACGUGGUUUAUGAACGGUCCCUUACUAGUUCAACUGUCAAGAAAUAAACACACUACCGAUUUGUCGAUGAAUUUCUGCGUAGCUUGAAGCUCUCCAUGUUUAUGGGUUUUAGUGUGCGUUUGACCAAUUGCAUAUCACCCAGGGGCAACGUUGUUUUUGCAAAUGCGAUUAAUUAUCCGUAAUAGGUGUAAUCCCAGAACAAUUAAAUGGUAGUCCGGAAGCCAUGACAUCUUGAAACUGCUCACUGAAAUUGAUACUGUUAUCUUCGGCUCAUUAUUGCCUGCAGAUAUUUGCAUAAUUGAGAAAACAACUAAUUAGUUUUUUUCGGAAACAGAAAAGUAUGGCGAAUUUUAUGCUGACAAAGUGGUUGAAUAUCGAGACGUCUUGAAUUGGGAUACAGAUGCCUUGGUCAUUUAAACGUGCGUGGGAUAGUACAAUUAUUGCUGAAUUUUCUGUUCCCAAGUAGAGCGCUCAAAUGAAAUUCAACCUAUUUUUGCAAAUGAUUUUGACAACAGAUCCAGUAUGGAGGAAAAUAUGGAGCCGGAUUUCUGGAUUUUUCAUACAAACUACAAAUUGAAACCUUUCAUUUGACACAUUGGUAGUUUUCAUAGAAUGAUUGGUUAGUUUUAUAAAAAAAAAUUCCUUGGACUGGCCAAAACCGGUGCCCGUACUCUAUAACAUAAUUAGUCGAUAGUUUUUUAUCUCAAUUUUUUUGGGUAAAAUGUAAAAACCAUCGUUUAUCUAAAUUUUCCAUAAUAAGCCACUUAACCAACUAGAAUUACAAUUUUUCUUCCAAAUGAAUACGAAGAAUUAAAAAAAGAAAUGACAGACAUUAAUUGCCCAAUGUUUCGACACGGGCUAACUGUCUUCUUCAGCGUAAAAUCAACUUGCUGACCGAUAACUAUCUACAUAUUUCCUGCUGUUACCGGACUUGCAUUUAAACCGUGUGCACCAACCGAACGUCUCCACCAGAGUAACAUUUUAUAGUCAAAUAGACUAGAAGAGGUUCCAAGAACCACCAUAAAACCAAAAUGAAAGAAAAAGGUUUUAUAAAGGUUUACAAAACUUCUACAAGGCUAAUUGGUCAGCAAAAUGUUACUUGAGCUGCUAUUGUUAGUCCGUUACGUUUGACAAAAUAUCACCCAACCAUGGUGCAAUUAACCCCACAUCCCCUCAUGUAAGCGAACCGAACGCAUGAUUGUGCGAUUAUGAUAGCUCAUAAAUAAAAGCGGAAAGUGAGGAAAAUUUGAUCGCACCGCAUCACACGAGAGCUCCCAACGCACGAUUACAAUGUUUGCCUCAAUGCUACUGACGACGACGUGCCCCUACCUCCAAUUGCCAGCAGGAUGAUGAGCAAUGGCCCGUCAUCGACCGGUGGCAGCCAGCUCAACAGUGGCAACGAACAGAUAACUGACAAGCUGACAGACUGCUGACUGCUGGUGGUAGGUCUGAGACUUGGAAUUGGAAAAUAAAGGGGUCAUGGUUUGGGGUUCUGGUUUUCAUCCGAAUAACGUCGAACUCCGUUGAAGUGGUGUUGAAUAUUUUGCAUUCCUUGUUUCAUGAUAAAAGACUGGCUGCUCGUUGGGUAUGGUUGUCUGGAAUGUUUGCACUUGAUUCAUGUUCAAAUGAAUGGAAUGAUUAAAAUGUUUAAACUCGAUCCUCCGGCAAAUCAAAACGAUAUCCACAGGUAUUAUGCAAUCUUAAUGCUCGAGUAAUCACGCUAUUGUAUUUUGUACAACAUGUUGAAAAAUUCUCACUUUAUGUACUCAGCAUAACGUGGUGCUGGUCGCGACUGUAGGAAGGUUAAUUGCAAAAGUAAAAAUAUAAUGAACAGCAAUAUCUAACUCUGUUAAGUAUGGAUACUAUUUAUAGUAAAGAAAUGGGUUUACGCAUUGUCGCGUCCAUUUUGAUUAUUAUCAUUCCAAACUACCAUUAACAAGCACAUAGAAAAAUGUUCUAUUUAUUGAAGGUUUUUCCCAAGUAAGAUUUAUAGCAGCAAAAAUUGGUAGGUAUAGUAUACAUCUAGCUGGCUGAUAAUUUACUCAACGCGAGCCCAAGGAGUUCAACUUUUGACUGCGUGGGCUUGAAUUUAAUUGGCUCUCCGGAUGCCAAAGGCAACUGGCGAUGGUUGGUGACGCUAAUUAACUUCAAUUCAGAUGAAAAUGAGACGAUAAUUGGAUCAUUUACAAUUCCACAUCGCAAAUAGCCGUGUGAUUAAGUGUUGUCAUGUUCGUUGGAAGAUGAAAUUUAGGAAAAGGGUAACCAAUACGAUGCUUACAGUCUCCAAUUGCUUCAAUUGCUACUGACCACUGCUAUAAAGGACUGGACUUAGGGCCCCUAAAGCCUUAGUUGUAAAGGCGUAAUUUAAUGGGUAUUCAGCAUCAGGUAUCAGCAGGUCGGCUCCAGAGGAACGUUCUCCUCCAUAUGGGAAAUUUGUACCAUCGCCAUGAACAUUACCUGAGGGAGGAGAAGGAAAAAAGGAUGGGACAGCGAAAAGGACAGGUAAGAGAAUAGGAUCGUCAGACACGCAUAAGCGUACCACAACGGGUUCACACAGCGUCCUAAUGUAAUGACCGAGUACUCGGAAACGUAGUUGCGCAAAAACUGGACAGUUACACAUCAAAUGAUACGAAGUUCCAUAUUCAGAUUCACAGCUACCACAUACAAAUAAAUCAGCUUGUUAAAUAUUCGCCAUAUGAUAGCUGAGUCGGCAGUGGCUAGUCAAUACUUUGACCAGCAUGCUGCAAUUCUGCUUAGCAAGAUUUGUUAGAUACUUCGCCACCCCUGGAGGUGGCUCAGAACAAUACAAUUUUGAUUGACUCCAAACUAUUGCAAUAUUGUUUGUCUUGAGUUGCAGCCCAGGUGUCAAUCUGAAGCUUAACCCACCACUUCGAUAUCGGAAUAGCUGUCUCGGGGCCAAUGAAGUCAUGUGAUGCUCCAGUGCAGCUAACUCAUCAGCCAUUUCAUUUCCAGCGAUGGAAGAAUGGCCAGGUACCCAUACGGACCCGUUCAUAAACCACGUAGACUUUUUGGGGGGAGGGGGGGGGGGUCUGACCAAAGUCUACGCUUCAUACAAGUUUUUCAAAUUUUUGUAUGGACAAAAGUCUACGAGGGGGAGGGGGGGGGGUGUCUGAGAUGGCCAAAAUUUGGUCUACGUGGUUUAUGAACAGCCCCUACAAGGUAAACAGCAUUAGCUGAAUUCAGCUCAUCGAUUUGAGUUCAACAAGCGAUAACUAACUUUGACUUAGAGUUGGCCGAAGCAAGUGCUUCAAUAGAAGCCUGGCUAUCUACCAAAUGCGUAAGACUGGUGAAGCCCUAGCUCACGAGAGUGGUAUCAGGUAUCAGUAGGUCAGCUCUAGAGGCACGUUCUCCUCCAUUCGGGAAAUUUGUGCCAUCGCCAUGAACACGAGCCUAUUCAUCAUUUACCUGACGGAGAAGGGAAGGAAAAAGGAUAGGACAUGGGAAAGGUCAGGUAAGGGAAUAGGAUCGUCAUACUCGCAAAAGCGUACCACAAUGGGUUCACAUAGCGUCCUGAAAAGGACACUGUAAUAACGCAUAAGCGUACCACAAUGGGUUCAAACAGCGCCCUGAGAAGGGCACUGUGAUAACGCAUAAAGCGUAAAGAGAGCCUAUAGCUCUUUACCACAGCGGGUCAAGAACAACAGAACGUCCUGAAGAUUCAGGUUUCUGAAGUCAGUUUCAUAAGAGUUUCCCGAGUACUCGGAAACGCAAUUGCGCAAAAACUGGAUAGUUACAUAUUAAAUGAUACGAAAUUUCAUAUUCGGAUUCACAGCUAUCACAGGCAAAUAAAUCAGCAUGCUGAAUAUUCGCCAUGUGAUAACUGAGUCGGCAGUGGCCAGUCAAUGCUUUGACCAGCAUGCUGCAAUUCUGCUUUGACAGAUUUGUUAGAUACUUUGCCACCCCUAGAGAUGGUUCAGUACAAUACAAUUUUGUUUGACGACAUGACUCCAAACUAUUCCAGUAUUAUUUGUGCUGAGUGGCAGCCCAGGUGUCAAUCUGAAGCUUCACCCAACACUUGGAUACCGGAAUAGCUGGCUCAGGGCCAAUGCAGUCAUGUGAUGCUCCAGUGCGAGCUAACUCAUCAGCCAAUUCAUUUCCAGCAAUGGAAGAAUGGCCAGGUACCCAUACCAGGUGAACAGCGUUUGCUGAAUUCAGCUCCUCGAUUUGAGUUCGACAAGCGAUAACUAUCUUCGACCUGGAGUUGGCCGAAGCAAGUGCUUUAAUAGCAGCCUGGCUAUCUGAACAGAAGUAUAUUACUUUGCCCAUUACGUGCUGCUGAAGUGCUGAUUGCACUCCGCAUAUAAGAGCAAAGAUUUCGGCCUGAAAAACGGUGCAAUGUCUACCAAGUGAAUAAGACUGAUACAGCCUUAGCUCACGAGAAUAAACACCAGCACCUGCUCGUCCUUCGAGAAGGGAGCCAUCAGUGUAUCACACGAUGCCGUCUGAAAUACUUUUCUCCAGAUAACCAGAUGUCCACUCUUCCCGGGAAGGGAAUUUCGUGGAAAAUGUCCUAUAUGGAAAAUUACAAGCAAUUGUAAGAUCACUUUUGGGUUUAAGACCCUAAGUUGUACCAAAGGUUCGACGGCAUUGCCCGAAGGCCAUACAAGAUUUCUUGAUUCUGAACUCAACAUGAGGUGUCCAGGAAAGCUAGGAAUCAAGAAUGACUCCAACGUACUUUACCUGUUCAGUCACAUUGAUUUCAGAAUCAAAGAGACGUAAAGGUCGAACGCCAUUACGGUUUCGCCUUUCCGUAAAAAGAACAAUUAGAUGUUUACUCGUAUUAACCGAAAGGCCAUAUUGGCGACACCAACCAUCAACUACCUGAAAAGCGCUUUGCAUCAUGUUGAAAAGGGUGCUGGCUGAUGCACAUACCAACUAACAAUGUUAGAUAGCUGUCGGCAAAACCAUAAGUAGGAAAACUGCUAUUAUUGAGUUGAGCGUAUCUGCUACGAGAUUCCACAAAAGCUAUGACAAGACUUUCUUUUGGGGGCAUCUAAUCGCUGCUUGACGCAAUAUCGAGUAGAGAUGUCGGUUUUUGAGCAUUUGGUGAAUCCAACUGGAAAUCAUUGAAGAUAUGCCAUGCUGCCCAUAAUCGCAUAGUUGACGUAAGCGCCACUGUAGUUUUUAACACACUUUUGAAAACUUUAAAAUGAUUAAUUAAAAAUUGAUGAUUUUUUUCACGUUGAUAUCUAGCUUGUGAUUAGAUCCUGUGCUCUAUUGAAUAAAACUGGUCACAAUUAUACACAUUUGAUAUUAGCUUGUGAGUGAUGACAUUGUCAAUGGUGGUUACGUCAACUAUGCGAUUAUGGGCAGCAUGAUGCCGUGCGGCUUCCAAUCGUUGCCAUAAAGGCACGUUGUCAAAGGCACCCUCGAUAUCUAAGAAUAUACCCAAACAAGAUUGAUUUUGAGUGAAUGCUUUCUCGAUAUCAUAAACAUCCUUGUGUAAAAGAGUCACAGUGCGGAUUUAUAGGCAUGUUGGUUCACAUGAAGAGGCACGUUGGCCAGAUGAACAUCACGGAUGUUCUAAUGCGUUCUAUAAUCUAUGCAUUACAGAAGAAAGGAGGUCAUGCUGAUAGGUCUGAGACUCUUUGCUUCUUCAUACGACGCACGACCCACUUUCGGAAUAAACUUCACAGUAAUAUACCGCCAAGAUUUGGGAAUAUACCUUGUACCAGAACUGCAAACAAGUUUUUUUUUUCAAAACAUGUUUGAAAUAAUCAAAUCUUUUCUGAAGCAAAAUAAGAUAAAUCUCAUCUGCACCAGGACAUAUAGUUACAAUACCCCGAGCCGAAACCAGAGAAUCAUAAUUACAAGAAAAGACAUCAGGUUCAUCCGAAGAUAUAAUAUCCACAUCCACACAUCCGGGGGAGUGUGUGCUGAAUAAGCAUUCUAGAACUUCCUCAUCAGUGGAAGUGAAAUUGCCAUUUGGCAAACGAAGUUCGUUCACUCGAAAAUCCUUAGAUUUCGAAAGGAUUCUGUUGAACCGACUGACUUCACUCAAACUGGAAACUGGAAGCUUCGCCAGAUCAGAUUUCCACCAAGGGGUUCCUCUUGUGGUCUUCACAGACCAUAGAGAGCAAGUUUCUUCAAAAGCUUCCAUGAUUAAGGCCGUUGUAGUAUCAACACCAUCAUUCAAAUCACUUGGAUUGUCAAUGGAUGGCGAGUAUCUAUGAAAUUUGGCCGCAACCAAAUCAGUAAAGAGAUCCCAGUUGGUUGACCGGGGACUCCAAAAAUGCAAAGUUUACGAAAUUGCAUUCUUGUGAUGUACAAAAGUGAUGUUCAGAUAAAGAUUCUGCAUCUGGCACAUGCCAAUUACAUACCGUGAUAGACAUUCGUUUAGCCGAGGUCGAACAAUUUUCAAAAUAGUGUCGGGAAACUCAUACAAUAGAUGUUAUGAUAAAACUUUUUUUUAUUGCAGUGAUAGUAUAUCUAGUACAGUUUUAUGAAAAGGUGAUACAUCACACUUACAUAUACACUGAAACAAAAACGAGGGUGAAAACCCUUUAAAUGUCAUUUUUUGCCUAGACAUUCGUUUAGCCGAGGUAAAUGAAAAAACCCAAAUUAAUCCACCUAGAGGUGAUAGUGCCUUUCUCGUCGUAUAUGUUCUCACGAUCUUUCCGUCGACGUAAGUCAAAAUGUUCCUGAAUGCUGAUAUUUUUUAAGAAAAGCAAGCAUUUUAUCAAAGUCAUCAUUGAAAUGACUUAAAACUUAUUGAUGGCACAUACUCCGACGUUGUGUUCAGCGUAAAAGCAGAGCUGAAUAAUAUCAGAUUUCUCAGUUGACUGCUUGAGUACCUUCACUAGCAUUGGGAGCUGAUCAAUAUCAAGACGAUACUAACAAGCUAAGAUAUAACUUUUUACACAUUCACAGAUCACUUUGCGGUCUUCGAUUAAGUUUAUUCUGCACAUUCUAGGUUAUAUUUUAUUGAACGUUAAAAACAAGAACGUAGUGAGUAUAGUGAGACGUCUGUUUGUAUGUGGGUUUAAUAUGUCAAGAUUUUGUUCUCUUACACAUAUUUAUCGCUUGCAUUGAUUUUAUUCACUUUCGUAGUUCCGGCGAAGCAUCAAACGCUGGCUGUGCAACCCUACCAGUAGUCUCUAAUGUGGUAUGAGCCUAUUUUCUAGUUAACCGUUCUUCAGGUUAUUAAAAAAGCCGUGAUGUGAUGUGUCGCAUGGUACAUUUGGAUACUUUCCCCAAGUAGCACCUGCAACUAAAAUGGAAAUGAUCAUCGUUGCAAACAUGUUGCAACUGAGUUUUCAUGAAACAAACCAAAUUAAAACCUAUUAAAAUCCUGUUGUCAAUGCCAAACUGAGGUGUAACAGUUUUAUAACAACUAGCAAAAUGAAAACAAACGUCAUCAUUAGUCGAAACUUUCGAAACCAAUUUGUAACUGAAGUAUAAUUUGAUUGUUUCAACGAAUCUUAGUUACAACCGUUUACAAACCAAAUCAACCAAAACAUUGAUUCUGAUUGUUAUAAACAUGUUGCACCUGGAACUUAUUUAGAACAUAACGAACAAUUUUGACAGGAGAGAUAGAAGUUCCAAAAUGUGCGGCAAAAUGUUUUUGUGAUCAUGAAAAAUAUAAAAUGCACUAUAAAAAACCAAAAUGUUUCAAAAAUAACGAAAUCGUGUACAAAUAAAAUGUAACCUUUUCUUCAUAAAUUUAUCGACAUAUUCCAAAUUUAAUAAAAUUAAAAUGGUAAAAUAGAAAAAAAAAUCUGAUUGGAAGUAUAAUAUUGACCCAAUAAAAAAAAUCUGUCUCAUUUUCGCAUUACUGAACGAC